AUGGCUUCAGAAUCCAAUAUCUAUCUCUUUGGGGACCAGACUGCCGAGUACGACGCCGGAAUCCGACGUUUGCUCCAUGACAAGACCCAACCUUUUCUCUCCACCUUCUUCAGCCAAAGUUAUCAGGCCUUGAGGCAAGAAAUCGGGUCCCUUACCUACCAGAAGCGCUCAGAGUUCCCAAGACAUUCCAGUCUUGUCGAGCUUCUCAGUCGUAGCAAGGAAGGAAAGGCGAAUCCUGCUCUUGAGACGGCGUUCACCUGUAUCCAUCAGCUGGGCUUAUUCAUCAGCGAAUGCAAUAAUCAGAAAGUUGGCUUUCCCAGUGAAUCAAAUACACAUCUAUUGGGACUAUGUACCGGGCUCCUCUCUGCCGUGGCAGUGAGUGGAGCUCACUCUGUCCAGUCACUCGUUGGAAUCGCAGUUGAGACGGUUCUACUCUCAUUUCGAGCAGGACUGCUUGCUGCUGACGUGAAAGAGCGCAUUGGAUGUGGGACCGAAGAAGGAUCAUGGUCGGUAUUGGUCCCGAAUGUCUCAGUGGCUGAAACGGAAGCAUUGCUUCAGCAAUAUAUUGAGUCAAAUGCUCUACCACCUUCAGUGAGGCCGUAUGUAAGUGCGGUUGCGCUAAAGGGUCUCACCAUCAGUGGUUCCCCCUCAACUCUGCAGGCAUUCCUCCAAUCGGAGGGCAUGGCGGCUCGUGGAAGCAUCAAGAGCUGUAUUUAUGCUCCCUAUCAUGCUCCAGAGCUGUAUUCCAAGGAAGAUGUUGACACCCUGCUGUCAAAAAUGGGCGCGGAAAUUGGCAGCCGUCCGUGCAAGUUUCCUGUCAUCUCCAACCUCACUGGAAAGUCAAUGACAGCACCGGACCUCAAAUCAGCUUAUCAGAUGGCUUUGGAAGAAUGUCUUACGGCGCCAUUACGCUUGGAUAAGAUCCAUGAAGAAGCGCCAAGCUGGUUGGCAGCAGAAAAUGUCACGAAAGCAAUCGUUCACCCUAUCGCCACUGUGGCGGCUCAGGGCCUUGUUCAGGCAAUGGAGAAGAGCUUGGAGGUUGAACUCCGACGGCCUGGAGCAGCAACAGAAGAUUUGAAGGGAGAAUCAUGCACUGGAAAAUCCAAGAUUGCCAUUGUUGGCAUGUCUGGGCGGUUCCCCGAGGCCAACAGCACAGAAGCGUUCUGGGACCUGCUUCAUCAGGGUCUUGACGUCCACCAAGAAGCUCCUGCAACGAGAUGGGAUGUCAAGACACAUGUCUCCGACGACCAUCGCAAGAACACCAGUAUGACGCCUUAUGGUUGUUGGAUCCAGGAUGCCGGGUUAUUCGAUGCCAGAUUCUUCAAUAUGUCCCCUCGCGAAGCGCCGCAAGUGGACCCUGCCCAGCGUCUCGCCCUCCUCACCGCAUACGAAGCCCUCGAAAUGGCUGGAAUCGUACCAGACGCCACGCCGUCGACCCAACGCGAUCGUGUGGGUGUCUUCUACGGCAUGACGAGCAACGAUUGGUGCGAAACCAACAGUCCGCAAAACAUCGAUGCGUACUUCAUUCCAGGCGGAAACCGUGCUUUUACGCCGGGAAGGAUCAACUACUACUUCAAAUUCAGCGGACCUAGCUACAGUGUCGACACUGCUUGCUCGUCGAGCUUAGCAGCAAUCCACGUGGCAUGCAACUCGCUGUGGAUCAAGGACUGCGAUACGGCGAUUGCAGGAGGCACCAAUAUCAUGACUAACCCCGAUGUCACCGCCGGACUUGACCGCGGCCACUUCCUUUCGCGGACUGGGAAUUGCCAGACCUUUGAUGACGGCGCUGAUGGAUAUUGCCGAGGCGAUGGCGUCGGCACGCUCAUUCUCAAGCGCAUGGAGGACGCUAUUGCGGAUAAAGACCCGAUUCUGGGCGUUAUUCUCAGCGCCUCUACCAACCACUCGGCUGAAGCUGAGUCCAUUACUCGCCCUCAUGUCGGCGCACAGACUGCAAUCUUCGAUAAAUUGCUGAACGAGACGAAUGUCGAUCCCUAUGACAUUGACUACAUUGAGAUGCAUGGUACAGGCACACAAGCCGGUGAUGCGAGAGAGAUGGAGUCCGUCCUGACCACAUUUGCUCCCACUUCAAAUCGUAAGUCUCGCAGUGCCGACCAGUCGUUGCAUCUUGGAUCCGCAAAAGCAAAUGUCGGGCAUGGCGAGUCUGCAUCCGGAGUUACUGCGCUUGUCAAGCUCCUCCUGAUGCUGCAGAAGAAUACGAUUCCGCCACAUGUCGGGAUUAAGAACAAGAUCAACCACAACUUCCCAACAGAUAUGGAGCAGCGCAACGUCUUUAUCGCCCGUGAAGCGAAGCCAUGGAAGCGAGAUGCUGUUCGCAAACGACGGGCACUAGUCAAUAAUUUCAGUGCCGCCGGAGGAAAUUCAAGCGUGUUGGUCGAAGAUGCUCCGCUCUGUGUUCCGGAGGGUGGCGUCGACCGGCGCACUGUUCAUCCCGUUGCCAUAUCCGCCAAGUGUGCGGAUUCGCUGACCAAGAACAUCGAGAGUUUGAUCAAAUUCCUUCGGGAAGGCGGAAAUGGCUGGACUCUCCCGCAAUUGUCGUACACAACUACCGCGAGACGUAUGCAUCAUCCCCAUCGAGUUAUCGUCUCUGGCACAACUGUCGAUGAGGUCCGGUCUAAGCUUCAAAUAGCUCUGGAGAAAGGUGAAGGUCUUAGCCGACCGAAAGGCUCUCCAAAUGUCGUCUUUGCCUUCACUGGCCAAGGAGCACAGCAUCCUGGGAUGAGCAAGGAUUUCUACAAUGCGUUCUCAUCCUAUCGGACGGAUAUUGAUCGAUACGAUCGCAUUUGCCAAGUCAAUGGCUUCCCCUCUAUCUUGCCGUACAUUCUUUCCGAGAACGCAGACGAGGAAUUCUCCCCCUUCGCCACUCAGCUCGCAACCACAUCCAUGCAAAUGGCAUUAGUCCGCUUGUGGACAGGUUUCGGCAUUUUUCCCUCUGCAGUUGUCGGCCACAGCCUCGGAGAAUAUGCUGCCUUGAACGCUGCUGGCGUCAUAUCCGAGGCCGACACCAUUUUCUUGGUUGGGAAUCGAGCAUCUUUGUUGGACAAACUGUGUUCUCGUGGGUCGCAUUCCAUGCUUGCGAUCAAGAGCAAGAAAGACGCCUGCGAUGGCCUCUUGAAACAGGCGAAGUUCGAGUAUGAGAUUGCAUGCCUGAAUGGUCCCGAUGACACGGUGAUCUGCGGAGAAAAUGCGUCUGUCGACGCCAUUGCAGAUCACCUCAAAGCUCUCAAUAUCAAAGCGACGAAGCUUAACACGGCUUAUGCUUUCCAUUCCAGACAAGUUGAACCCAUCCUGGACUCCUUCGAGGAUAGCGUUAGUGGUGUUCGCUUCCACGCUCCUGCUAUUCCAGUCUUGUGCCCGCUCAUCGGCAAAGUCGUCACAGAAUCUGGCGUGUUUUCUCCUCAGUACCUCCGCCGCCAUUGCAGAGAGCCGGUUGAUAUGCUCAGUGCUGUGAGGGAGGCUGCCAGCCUGGGCAACAUCACUGCGAAUACGACCGUUAUCGAGAUCGGGCCACAGCCAGUUGUGUCGGGUAUGAUCCGGGCAUCUACCGCCGUCAAGAACACUUUGUCUACCAUGCAACGCAAUAAAGACCCCUGGAAAAUAUUGGUCGACUCUCUGGACUGGCUCCAUGCCGCCGGAGCGGACGUCCGAUGGGCGGAGUACCAUCGUGACUUCAAGUCAUCGCAAGCCGUAGUGCCACUACCGGCCUAUAACUGGAAUCUGCAAAACUAUUGGAUCCAGUACGUGAAUGACUGGUCCCUCCGAAAGGGAGACCCUCCACUUGUUGCAGCGGCUCCAACACCACCUCCUAUGCCGCAAUUUGAGAAUACGUGCGUCCAGAAGAAACUUUUAGAGAAAAAGGAUGGCAAGAAGGUCCAGUUGGUCUUCGAGACUGAUCUCCUUCACCCUGACCUGGCCCCGAUUGUACGAGGCCACAAAGUUAAUGGCGUCUCGCUGUGCACGCCUUCGGUGUAUGCCGAGAUUGGCUUGACCGUUGGCAAAUACCUUUUGGCACAAUACAAAGCGGAAAGCCAAGACCUUUUUGUCGACGUCGGCCACAUGACUGUCGAGAAACCGCUGAUUGCCAAAGCCAGUGGGCCUCAGCCACUACGAACGACAGUGGAGUUUGACACCAGCACAGAUCGUGCAACGCUUCGUUUCUGUACGGGUGGAGAACACGGCGAGAAAUUAGUUGAACAUUCUCACUGCGUGCUAAGCUUCACCGACUCCACUCCUUUGCAAGAGUAUCGUCGAAACGCAUACCUCAUCAAGUCUCGGAUGUCCGACUUGAAGAAGGGCGUCGUGACUGGCGAAACAAAUCGGUUCAACUGCCCGAUGGCGUACCGCAUCGUCAGCGCGCUUGCUCAGUACGACUCUGAGUACCGUGGCGUUCAGGAGGUGAUCCUUCAUAGUGCAAAUCGGGAAGCCACCAGCAAGGUAAGCUUUGCAAAGACCAAAGUUGGAGGCACCUGGACGUGCCAUCCAUGCUACAUCGACAGUCUCGGCCAGACCGGUGGGUUUGUAAUGAACGCCAAUGACGAUGUUGACCUUGACGUUGAGGUCUUUGUGAACCAUGGUUGGAGGUCUAUGCAGAUAUUCGAGGCGAUUGAUGGCAGUGCGACGUACCAGACCCAUGUGAAGAUGCAUGAGGCUGAAGGGGGUAAUUGGGAAGGUGAUGUGUAUGUCCUCAACGACAAGGAUGACAUUUGCGCCAUAUUCAAGGGCAUUGUGCUCCAAGGUGUGCCUCGCAGGUUGCUCGAUUAUAUUCUUGCGGUCAGGGACGAUAGCAAAUCCGCCGCUCGCCCGGUUGCCGCUGCACCCAGUUCAGAUGCCAUGAAGAUUUCAGUGGGAACCCCGGAGGCUGAGGGUGUCUCGCAUUCAAAUGCAGCCAAAGAGCUUGCACAGGCACUGAACAUCCUAUCCGAAGAGAGCGGCGUGGCCCUGUCGGACUUGACUGACGACAGCAAGUUCGCUGACAUGGGUGUGGACUCACUGCUUGCGUUGAUCGUGGCAAGCAGAUUCAGAGAAGAGCUGGGGAUCGAUCUCGACUCCUCCCUGUUUGUUGACUUCGGAUCCGUGAAGGCAUUCAAAGAUUGGUUCCUCGGUGACUCUGCUGCUCCUACGGGAGCGAACCCGUCCGAAGCAGAUGCUAUGCUUCGUGGAAUUCUGGGGGUUCACGGAGGAGAUUCCUCGGCUUCUGCAUCCACGGCUACUAGAAGCCCUUCCACAACAUCCGAUGAAGGUGCUUACACGGACACCACCUCCGUGGAAGGGUCAUCUAGCAUCUCAUCUCCCAAGCUCGAGAUUCCGCCUGCCACAUCGGUGAUACUUCAGGGUCUCCCCAAGGCAUCAAAAAAGACUCUCUUCCUCUUCCCCGAUGGUUGUGGUUCCUCAAUGUCGUAUGCUCAGGUCCCCCGCAUCAGCAAUGAGCUUUUGGUGGUCGGUCUGAACUGCCCUUUCAUGAAGACGCCGCAGAACAUGAAGUGCAGUAUCGAUGAGAUUACGGCUGCUUAUAUCCACGAGAUCCGUCGACGUCAGCCCCAAGGCCCAUACCAUUUCGGUGGCUGGUCGGCAGGGGGCAUCUUUGCACACAAUGCUGCGCUGAGACUGAUAGAACAGGGCGAAGAGGUCGAAACGCUGAUUCUGAUUGACUCUCCUCUACCCAUGGGACUGGACAAGCUGCCAAAGCAUUUCUACGACUAUUGUGAUGAUAUCAGUCUCUUCGGCGAGGGAACUGGAAAGGCGCCAGACUGGCUCGUCCCGCACUUCCUCGCAUGUGUAGACGUUUUGAACGUCUACUACGCGCCACCACUUCCUCCCAAGCAUGCGCCGAAGACGCACAUGAUUUGGGCAUGCGACAACAUCUUUGUCGGGUAUGAUGCUGAGCCGCUGGAGCCACGCGCAGGUGAUCCCGAGAAAAUGAAGUUCUUCACUGAGAGUCGUACGGACUUCAGCCCGAAUGGGUGGGAUGAGUUGGUUGGAUCUUAUCCUGUGAAGAUUGAGCGGAUGCAAGGGGCAAACCACUUCACUAUGAUGAGAGGCGAGCAGGCUGCAGAAUUGGCGAGGUUCUUAGACGCAGCAAUGGCGUAA